CAAACGAUAAACUAUUACUGCAGGCAGGCUGUCAGUGAACACGAACACACAACGACACGCAGCCUCCGCACAGCCGCUCGCACAGACAGAGGAAGGAGAUCUAACCCACCCGCCAUAAAGAUGAUAACUAACGCACAUCCCAUCCCAUUCGCAGCGCACACACAGCAGUCAGUCCUCUCUCCGCCCAUCCCUCCCUCCCUCUGCUCUAUCUAAUUCGCUACUUUGUUUCAUUCUACCAGAGCCAGCCCAGCCAGCCAGCAACUCAGAUCAUCUACCGGUCAGUCAGAUCAGCCAGCCAUCAGUCGUCGCGCCCCUCACUACCAAUCGCAAACGUCGACGCGAAGUCACCACCGCCACCACCACCACCCUGCCCCUCCUUCUGCAGGGUGUCCUCCCGGCCGCUCUCGUCAUCGUUGCUUUCGGUGCUGAUGGCGAUGGCGGGGAUGACUCCCUGGUGCUGGUCUGUGUGGUGGUCGUCUGACAGAGGGGGAGGGGGCGGCGGCGGCGGGAGGACCGGAGAGAUCGGAGAGGGGGCGGAGUUCUGCAGCUCCUCCUGCAGGCAGCACAUAGACAGACACCACACUUCACACACAUAUGGCUGGAUGUGGUGGUGGUGGUGGUGGUACCAUGAACGGAGCGGCGAGUCUGACGAGCUUCUGGUACUCUGUCUUGAGGGUGGAGAGGGUAAUUGGGGCCUGCCCUGGCGGCUGCUGGUCUUCGCCAUCUGCUGCUGCUGCUGCUGCUGCUGUGGCGGGCAGCUGACAAGAUGUCACGUCACGCACACAGACAUGGUUGUGGAGGGGAUGGGGGGCGGAUGGCAUGGCGAACCUCACCUCAUCUCACCUGCUGUAUGAGUGUGGAGUGCUCCUGCUGGAACUGCAUGACGUCGUCCCAUAUCAGCUCGAGCUGCGCUAUCGCCUUGGCCAAGCGAUGCCUGACAUCACAUCACAUCGAAUCGAUGGGGGAUAGAUAGACAUGUCAGUCACGUCAGAUCAGACACAGGACAGGCAGAGAGAGAGAGAGACAAGACAGCUAGCUGUGUGCCCUGUCCUGUGUGGCCACCACACACACAAAGAAAAGUCACCUACCGGAGGUCGAAGUCCACAGCGUCGAUGGGCCGCUGCUCGACGCCCACAGCAGCCAUGGUGGCCUGAAAACCAUGCAGCCACCCACACCACACGUGUGCCAACCACUCCAUCCGACCAUCCGUCUGAUCUCUCCGACCCACCGCACCCACCGCAGAUUUCUCUCGGUCCUUGACCAUGUCCACAUAACGCUGCAGCACCUCCCCCUGCCGUUGUGUGUGUGUCAGUCAAGCCAUCCAUCCAUCCAUCCAGCAAGCCAUCCAUCGCACAUCAAUCAGUGUGCAUGGCAGUGGCAGUGGGGCGGUGUGUGUGUGUGUGUGUGUACCUGGUGUGUAAUCCUGGCCAUUUGGUACUGAAGGUGUCUGCGAAUGACGUCCUCUACCAUCGACUUGAAAUUCGACGCCUUGCCGGCGAUGUCUGACGACUAAACACACGGACAGAGAGAGAGAGAGAGAGACCACAGACAGCGAUGUGUGCAUUUGUUUGUGUGUGCCGUGUGGGGACGGUGUGUGUACCAUUUGUUCGUUGACUUUGACGAGGUCGACCUGCGCCGCGCCAGCCAGCUUCUGCAGCUGCUCUGUCGCCUCCUGCUCCUGCACACACACACACACACACAGAGAGAGAGUACAAACACACCUGUGUGGAUGCUCUCUGCCUGCCUGCCUGCCUGCCACACGGCGCAGCGCCUGCCUGUAUCGAUUCGUGUCUGAGUUGUUCCUCGGUAUCCAUCUUGCCCUCGAAGCGCUUCCGCAGUGUGCUCAGCUGGUGCCUGACGCUGUCGGUGCGGUGCAUGUGCUGUCGCUGCUUGUCCGUCAGGUUCACGAUCUGCUGCGUGACGUCCUCCAGUUGCAGCUGCACGACAGACACCAACAGAGAGGUCUCUCUCUCUCUGUCUCUCUCUGUGUGGGUGUGCCUCUCUGCUGACCUUGAGCGCUUUCUUCUUUUCUUCGAGCGUUUCGAGCUGACUGUCGAUCUCAAGCCGCUCCUCGUCGAGACCCUGCCACCGAGACACACACACACACACACACGUGUGGCAUCCUGAUCUGAUUGGUGUGGUCCAUGUUGGUUGGUGUGUGUUAUGAUGUGUGUCCACACCCACCCUGAGUGUGUGUGCGAGCCCCUCUGAUGCCUUCUCCAUCUCCGUCUGCAGGGCCGCCCUGACACACACGGAACAAACAGCCUCACAUAGAUCAAUCAGAUCGAGGGUGUCGGAGGAUGACUCACUUCCUGUCGACGGUCGAGUGUGCGUUGUCCGACAGCUGGCUGAUGUGGUGCUGCAGCCACGGCACACACCCACGACAGACAGGCAGACCUACCUGUCCGUCACUGUGUCUCUCGGUCUCUCUGCCUGUCUGUCUGUCUGUGAGUGCCUGCAUACCUCCACAGCCGUGCGCAGGUGAGUGAGCUGCGUGGCCGUCUGAUCCGUCACAUCCUUGCGACGCACAGCUGCAUCACACACACACACACACGUGAGUGUGUGUGUGUAUGUGUGUUAGCUUCAUGACACACAGAUGCACAGCACACGGACUUCACUUACAUGACUGUUGCAGGCUGUGCAUGAGCGUCUUGUAAGUGGCCACCAGCUCAGCCGAGGCCUUGACGCGACGAGCGUGAGUCUGGCUGCACACACAGACACACAGACACACAGGCCGCCAGGGAGUGAUAGGGAGGCAGCACGUGUGUGGCCAUACAGAUGCACACUCGCAUGCGUGAUACCAUACCAAGCAGUGUCGAUGAAGCUGUCGUCUUUCUCCUGCAGUGUCGCACCACUGGGCGGCACACUCAUCCUACUCAUUGCACACACAGAAGAGACCACACACAGAGCAGAGGUUAGGUUCUCUCUCCGAGCACAGCACAGCACAGCACAGCGCAGCACAGCACAGCACAUGUGUGGUGUGCGCACUGGUGAAUGGCGUGUUUCAGCUGCUCGGUGCGAAUGGCGAGGUCCCGCCUCUCCUCCUGGUGAUGCUCGUCCUCCCAGUCAUACUUGUACAGUGACAGCAAUCCCAACAACCUAACACACACACACACACACAGAGAGAGAGAGAGAGAGAGGGAGAGGGAGAGAGAGAGGCGUGUUCACACCCACACAGCCACAGCCAUCCAUCCAUCGAGGCCAUUUACUUUUGGAACUGCAUGGUGUGCGAGGGGUCAGUGCUGAGGAUGGCGUCCACCAGCGGGACAAACAGGGAUGCGGGGGCCUUGAAGCACAGCGACAGCAGCUGGUGGAAAUACACGCGGGGCGUCCCGCUCUCGCCUACAAGACAAGCAUGCAGCGUCAGCCAUCCCAUGCACACACGCUGGCCCAGCUAUCACUGGUCUGGAUGGAUGGAUGGAUGGAUGAAUGAAUGUGGGCGCACCCUCGUCUGGCUUGCCCAUGAGGUGUUUCUUGACAUCAUUCUGCCGCGCGAGAGUCGUCAGCGUGAUGGGCAGCGCCUGGCAACGGAGGAACACCUGACCAACCGCACAGCACACCACACCACACCAUACCACCCGGCAGUCCAUCGCUCUUUCUCCUCUGCGUAUGGCGCAGGUCUGCAGCCACCCCAGCCACCGACCUGUUUGAAGCUGAGGUCCUGCCCGGUGUGGUCGGCAUCAUGAUAUCUGGUGGAUCCCUCCCGCCCCGACGAGAGGAUCUGUGCGCUCAGUCUUUUGAACUCCUCGGCGUGAAUCGGCAGAGAGUAGGGCUGACGCGCCUGCGUCUCCAGCUGACGCUCCUGGAUACAACGACACAUCGGGAGAGUGAUCUCACUUCACACACAGACAGACAGACACAGACAGGCAGAUGAGACUUUCUUACCAGCUCUGUGACGCUCAGGUGGGACUUGACGACUCUCAGGGCAUCUCUGGCCUGCUGCACUCCCUCCUUGACAGUGUCCUUGACCUUAUCGGCGCCCUCCUUGACCUUCUUGAGGAAGCUGCCCAGCGCCCCAGACGUCAUCCUGAACUGACAGUAGAUCUCACUGCGAACACCACAGAUCAAGUAUCCUGCAAGCUCGCCAAUGGCUGGGGGUCUGGGGGCUCCCAGAUCCGCACAUCCAAGGAAGAUGAUGGCCAUCCUUCUGACGGCUCUGCUUGCAAGCGGAGCUUUCAUCGCCUCUGCGCGAUGUAACGACGAAUCCGUGUGCACAAUGCCAGAAUCAUUUGCUUCAGAUGCUUCUCAUGCAUUGCUUUGUGUCAGCCCCCCCUGCGACGAAUGAGGCGGGCUUCAGGGCACUGUUCGGCACCUCCGACUUCGUAUCUCCUACGUGUGCCUCGACGAUAACCGUCACGAGUGCUGCCGAU